AUGUCCAGCACCAUCGUACCGCCCUCGAACCAUUCCAGCCGAGCUAUUUCGGCGAACGUCGAGAGUCAAUGCGUGCUGCAAUCUGUCAGUAGGAGUGGGGAUCAUGUAACCCUACUGCCUCAAGCUUCCCCGAACUUCAAGCAAGCUUACUUAGACACCAUAGGUCAGAACGCAUCCUUCGGAGCGAACUCUUGGGCUGGUCCAUCUUUUCUUUUAGACCUCUCAUCGUAUCAAUCGCGAAAGUCAAAAUCAUCCCGUCCGACAUCACAACAACAGAUUGGACAGAAACCUGUCAAAAAUAUAGUUGGUCCUACUCCCGCGUGGGAUGACAGUAUAUGGAAGACUCUGUUCGGAUGGACAGCGGAUUUUACGGUAGACGAACCCAAUGACGUGGGGGACAAGGAAAUCAGAGGUGAUAUCGGCGACCCCAAGACAAUUCAAGAGAAGUCUCAGUGGGAUGUUUUCACAACCGAUUCCAAGGAUGUCCGUACCGAGUAA